UCUAAACAUCAUCAACAACACACACAACAACAAUUCUCAAAACGCAAAGAAAAGGAAAAAAUGAGUUCUACAAGCAAAGCAUGGACGGUAGCAGUGAGCAUCGGAGCCGUAGAGGCAUUAAAAGACCAGUUAGGUCUUUGUAGGUGGAACUACAUACUCCGGUCAGUGAAUCAACAUCUACGGAACAACGUCAGAUCUGUUUCUCAAGGGAAAAGGUUUUCUUCGUCUAUCUCCGCCGCCGUUACCUCCUCUGGUGAGAGUGAGAAGGCGAAAAAGGCUGAAGAAUCGCUUAGAACAGUCAUGUACUUGAGCUGUUGGGGUCCUAAUUAAAUUGUGUAUAAUAUAUAGUUUCUUACUUUUAUAAAAUUAUUUGAAACAUGAAAUUUUUCAAUUCA